UACCUGUUUCCACACUCCCCUGGCGCCUGACUCACAAUAGGAAAUAGACGAGUCGCGUCUCGACUGCUGCGCGCUGAGCUCUCAGGAAAAAGGCGAAGACGAUGUGGCGCAGGAUAAUCGCACCCCUGGAUUCUGAGUUAGGAGAAAUCAGCUGAAUUCGUUUCCCUCAGGAGCAGAUUUACGGAGUUGAAGCAUGUCCCCCUACAGAUCAGACGGACGCUCUUUACAGAUUUUCCUUCUGUUGGCCGUCGUUUCCACCAUAUCAGGAGUUCAGAGGCUGACGGUCACUCCUGACCGUGGCACCACCUUCAACAUCAGCAGCACGCAGGCCAAAGGCUGUAGAGUGUGCAGAGCCGGAGAACCCCCGGAGCAGUGCUCCAGCUGGCGGUUGUUAGAAGAGAAAACUGCUGUCUCGCUGGAGUUUCAGUGCUCCAGACCGCAAGAUGUAUUCAGUGUGGAAAUUGUGCGCAAUAUAGAAUGCUCCACAAAGUCAUGCAGUGGUCACGUCGUCCAGACUGACGGCGGUUCCCUGCCGCUGCAGGGUUUUCCCCGCAAGUUCACCUGGAACAUAACGGCUGCUGCCCCAAAAGCAUUCAAGUUAGACUUCACAGACACGGGGCUGAAACAGAUCAGUCCGUUUGACCGAUGUCCAGACAAACACACCUACACUCUGCAGGCCCUGGAGGCUUCAGGGAGCACCGUUGUUGGGAAGUUCUGCAGAGGGGGUACUAUCAGAAGUGCUCAAGUCCUGGAUAGGGGCAUCUUUUCUUUGGAUGUGCCAGCAGGCCAGGAGCUGAAGAAUAGCCAAUUUCAUGUGUCUGUGGGGGAGGAAAUCAAGUCUCUUGCUAGAAUUUCACUGGAAUUACCGAGAGGCACAUCCUCAUCGGAGCUGCUCUCACCGAACUACCCAGAGAGUUUUCCUGAUGACGACGUGAUGGAGUGGUACGUGCAGGUCCCAGACCAAUAUGAGGCUCACGUUGGCUUUCUGAACGUCACACAGCCACAGUGUUUGAAGAAGAAGACGGCAGUGGAGUACAAGAGCAGAGGGAGAGGGGCAUCAGUUCUGGGUCUGAACGACCCCCAGCCGAAGGAGGUUAAGGGGAGUUUCUUACUGACACUGAGGAACUGCGAGAUGGACAGAAGACGUGCUCACUCUCCAGGACUCUCUCUGAACUUCAAGGUGUCUGCUUCGAGAAUAAGCUCACCAGUGUUGUGUAAUGUGGAUCUUGGCACGACUGGCCUUUCUCUCCACAUCAAUAAUGUGAGACCGAACUCCAGCUGUGAAAUGAAAAUGAACUCUGAGACAAUGAAGAGCAUCACAGUCACAUCAAAGGGCGAGCUGUCCUUUCAGGACUGCCUUCCCGAUGAUGUCCAGGUCACAGCCAAAAGGGUCAUAGAUUGCAGUCAUCUGAGAGACUGUCCAAAGACUCCAGUGGAUCUGUUGGUGCCUCUGCUGCCAUCCUGCCUCCCCACCUCUCUGAGCUCCGUCACCUGGACUCUCCGUCCUUCCAGGCAUGGGACUGUAAAACUUGUGUCUCCCUCUGGGGCCCUGAAACAGGCCCUGCCCGGUCAGCCUUGCAAUGACAGCAUCCUUAUUCAAAUGGAUGAAGAACAUGGAGAUUUUAUUGGAUUCUUCUGCCCAAAGGGAGCUAUGCAAAAGGUCCUCAUCCACACCAAUGUGACCAUCACAUGGCGGUCCAGAAUGGGGCUAAUAGCACUGAGGACGUAUUUAAAGCACGUCCUGACCGCAAGCUUUGAAAGGGAAAUACCAGAAAGAUACAUAUUCACGAUAUUUCCAUCGAAAGACACCCCUGUCCUUGUGGCCUCUCCUGGUUGGCCGGUUGGCAUGAAGCCGUCCUCCACCGUUUCCUGGAUUGUCUCCGUUCCACCGAAGAUGGAGGCCCACCUAAUGUUUGCCAACCUCAGCCAGCCCAAGUGCAGCAUUGGCCACACCAACAUCCGGGUGCAGAGGGUCAGCCGGACUGAGGAGGACUACAGCCGCAGAGAGGAUGAGGAGGCAGAGAGCGAGCUCACCGUUCCAGAGAAUUUCUUCCUCAACAUGUCCAACUGUAUACCCGAAAGAGGGGACUUCAGCGUCAUCACCAAGAUCACCCUGCAGAAGAGGAAGAAUGUUCUGCUGAUAACCAUCCUGAGUGUGGUGGCUGCUCUGCUGGUUAUUUUUGCCGUUGUGUUGGCCGUUGUCUGCACAGUCGUUAGGAAGAAGAAAAAGCAGCUCAAUCAUCAGAUGUCAAUCUACAACCCAGGCGGUACCAACAUGCGCCCUGAGCCGAACGGAUUCCCAAAAACCGGCGAAGAUAGCGAGGCUCACGUGUACGACACCAUUGAGGACACGCUGGUCUACACGCACCUGCUGAAAAAAGGGGCAGAGAUUGGCACUUAUGGAGAGUUUGACACAUACCGCUCUUUCACACAGUACACAGACUCACAAAAGCCUCCGGUCACUAAAAACAACAGUGUUGACAACGUGGGGGUUGAUCAGCCACAUCGAUUCUCCUCCGAAGGUCCCCCGCUUCCCAACAGGCCUCCAAGCCACAACCAAGCUUUGGUGUACAAUGAUAUAUACCAGAGAGAGAACCAAAUCGAGGAGGAGCACUCUCCAGAUCCAGGGCGUCGGCAGGAGCCAGAAGGGGGGAACUGAGCAAAUGAUUGGAUACAGCUUUUUGUUUUUCUCUCGACCAGCUUGAACUUUGUGAUUUCCAUCCCCUGGCCUCUGUGUGAUUGCUUGCUGCUCAGCCUUACAAGGAACUUCUUUUUUUUUCUUUUUUUUUGAGUGCAGCUUUUGUAAGAAAACGAGGCCCACAAAAUAGCUCAUGCUGUAACCAGCCGGCAGCUGUUGCUGAGCUGGAUCCUGGAUGAAGGCGCUUCAAUCAUUCCCUUCCGAUGAGA